AUGAAUAAAAUGCCUGGAGAGGAAAUUAUUUGUUUAUCUUCAGACGAAGAAGAAUCUUCAGAAGAUUUACCAAUGAAAAAUUUAGUAGACUGUGACUCAUCGCCGUCAAAGACAAAAAUGUCACCGACGGUGCAUUCAAUAAAACGGGAAAAUUUGAGAGGUAAAAGGAAAGUAACAGUCGAUGAAGAGAUACCGUUGAAGAAAGUUAAGGUCGACUUGUCGAAAGAUAAGAUCGAGUCGAAAAAAAAAUCAAAAGAUAAAUUAAUUGAUGAAACUUGUGUUGCAUCAACUUCGACUGGCUCGAAGAGUAAAAGGUUAAGUACAGAUUCAUCAGUUUCUGCGACUAGCGAGAACAAUCACCGUAGAAUAAAACCUUCACUAGUUGUAAAAACAAAAGAACCAGUAAACGUUGAAAACAAGCAUGAAAAUGUAUUCGCAAUGUUCAUUAGUCAGUGUCUGAGUCAUGAACGUACCCCGGAUAUGCACAAAAUUGUAGAGAAGCUCAAGCGCAAGUACGAGCAGCUGGAUCCUGAUUACGCUGCCUCUGAGGCGUUUGCUGAUUUGCUGAAUGAUAAGCGGAAUAUUUUGAUGCUUCAAGAAGACUCUUUUUACAUACAUAUUAAAGAGGUCUUGGAUGUGAUGAAGGUCAGGAAGGCUAACUCAAAAAAUAGCAAGCCAGAGCCUGAAGCUGCUGAUGAUGACUUGGAGGCUGAGCGAGAAAUAUGCUUUAGGCAGGAAAGGCAGAUCAAAAAAAUAGAGAGAGCGAUGGAGUUGGUGCAGAAGAGGAUAAAGAAACUCGAAGAAGCAGAGGUUGACUGGGACGACGAAGACAAUUCGACCUACUUGAUUUUGGAGAGAUACAGGAAGCGCAUGGUUGAAUUGUACAAUGCAUGGUGUAAGUUUACUGAUAACCAUGAGGACGCGGGGAGAUCUUACCUUCGUCCUAAACACAUUAAACUUACUGAGAUUUCAAAUAUUGAUAAAGCUAUUAAUAGUUUUGUUAAUUCGAGACUGAAGAAACAAAAUUCUCUUUCUAAUCAGAUUGUUAAGCAUGAUUUCUUUCCUGAUUAUCAUGAUAUUUUAAAGUUGAUCCAUACUUAUAAUGAAAAACAUAAUUUGGGUUUGACUAAACAAGCUGAACAUGAUAAAGCUAAAAAAGCAUUUGUAAAAUUAGGUGAAUACUUAAAAAAAGAACGUCAACAGGAUUAUUAUGAUACAUUUUCAAUGUGGUACGAAAAUCAUGAGGAUCCAGCUCAAAAUAAUCCUGAUUUGAUGUCUAAAUUGCAAGAGAAUCGUGAGAAAGGUGAUAAAAAAUUAAACGAAGUCUUUGACGAAUACACAAGAAAGCAGGAAGAACUUAAUGCUAACGGUAAGCCGCCAGACUUAAAUGAGACUGACGACGAGGAAAGUGACAAUGAUGAUGAUGAUGAUGAUGAUGAUGAUGAUGAUGAUGAUGAAGAAGAGGAGGAUGAAGGAGAUGAUGAGAGACACGUUAGCGAUGCUCCAGUUGUUGAUAUAAAAUCUGACUCUGAUGCAACCGACGACCCAGAGGCUGACAUAGAAGAAAAUGGUCUUCAGAGUAGCAAAAUGGAAAUUGAAGACAAAAAAUUAGAGGAAGAAGAGUUGGAGAUAAUAGAAGCUGCGGGGACUUAUGGGUUGACAAAGACUAACAGAAGUAAGGUAAUUGAGGAAAAUUUAGCGAGUACAUCGAAGCAAGCAUCUUCAUCCAUUUCUGAUAAUUUAAAUGAUAAUUCAAAAGUGAGUAAUACUGACGACAGCGACCACUGUGAUGAAGCUGACGACAAGCCAGUGUUGAAGUUGAGGUCAUUUGCUAAGCCUCCCUGCUUCUGGGCCAACUCUCAAGAAAUUAAGGAUUCUGAUUCUGACAAGCCAACUGUAAAAAAUAAUAAUGACCAAAACGAUUCGUCUAUUGAAAUAAUCGAGCUCGAUUCAACAGAAGGAAACUCGCCGGUCUCAAAAAAUGUUCAGCCUGUACUAAAUUUACCCGGAGGAAAAGCUUUGAAAAGAAUAGUGCCGGUUUCUGCUGCUAAUUUACGUCGAAUUAAUACUGGUUCUAUUAUAUCAACUCCGAUCGCCACUUCUACGCCAAAUCCAACUCGGGUUGCUAAUCCAAGUCGGAUUGUUAAUCCGUUGGGCUGUUUCAAUCCUCCUUCAGGACUUGCAAAAGGAACCUCAACGCAGGUUCAUCAGACUCAAUCUUUGAAUACUGCCAGUGCUAGUGGUGGUCAUCGCGUGGAGCCUAAACAGCCUGUUAUCUAUAGACACAAUAAUAAUAAUAAUAACAAUAAUAAUAAUAAUAAUAAUAAUAAUAAUAAUAAUAAUUUAGUAAGACGUCAAAAUUGUGCCACAAGCGCUACAGUGUUAAAUGGACGUCCUGUAGUUACCAACACUGAAACCGGCAAGAACUAUAUAAAUGUUAACAAUUUACGAUUAGCUAAUCCUAAUUAUAAUUAUAGUAAUAAUAAUAGAAAUAAUAAUAAUAAUAAUAAUAAUAACAAUAACAAUGGCACUAGAAAUAGACAGCCAAAUUUACCGAAUAAUAAUAACAAUAAUGGUAACAUAAGACCAGGUCGAGUUAUAAAUCCAAUGGCAGCACAAACAAAUGCUCAGUGGCCAACUAAAAAUUUUGAUCAUUCUAAUAGACCACCACGAUCAAAUGGACACAUGUCG